AUGUCAUCCAAGACGGACGACCAAGUGUCAUCCAAGACGGACGACCAAGUGUCAUCCAAGACGGACGACCAAGUGUCAUCCAAGACGGACGACCAGUGUCAUCCAAGACGGACGACCAGUGCCAUCCAAGACGGACGACCAAAAAACGCCAUCCAAGACGGACGACCAAAAAACGCCAUCCAAGACGGACGACAAAAUAACGCCAUCCAAGACGGACGACAAAAGACCACAAUCAAGAAGAAAAAGAGGCGAUGA